UUGGCCAUGACUUCCUGUAAUGCUCUUUUACGGGUCUCUGCCUCUCCACUCAGUAAAACAUUAGUGUGCGGUUCAAUCGAGCUAUGCUCAGAAAAUUAGAACCUUUUCUGGUAACUGUGGUAGGAGACAAAUCAUAAAGCAUCUUCUUUGCUGUGGCUAAAUAUUGGCUAAAAUACUGGUAUUUUCUGAAGACGCAAGCUAUGAGGUCAGAAAUGGAGAAUCAUGCAUACUUAUAGUCCUUAGCUGGAACAAAAACUUCUGGAUUGAAGUUGUUCUCAGAUUAUUUUUUUUUGUCCCGUGUUUAUUUCCAAACAUCUACUUUAAAGAUUAAGUGACAGACACGCAUCAAAUCCACGGUUGAUAAAAACUAUUUGAGUGAAAAAAAGAGCAAAAUAAGCUAUUGGUUAGUUGUUUCUUUGCAGCCCUUUGAAUUCUUUGCAUAAUAAUACCCUUUAGUUACAGAUCGAGGGAGGAAGGAGAGGGGAGGAAACUACUGAAAGAGGAGCGACUGCUUGUCCAGACAGUGUGAAGUGAAAUGUUGUGGGUUUAGGAAACUAACGGCAGACCGGACCGGGGACUAUAUAGGCUACUUUCAGAGCUGUAGCCCAGUCUUUUGAAAAAAAAAAUAUUUUAUGCCGAGGAUGACAGAAAAAUAAUCUGUCGUUGGAUCGAUAUUGCCAAAUCAAUGUUGCGUGGGCGGUAUCUUUGACUCUAAAGUCUGUGUCUAUUUUUUCUCAAAUCAUGCCACGUUUGUGAUGCGCAGAGCAAGUCCUCCUCCUCCUCCUCCUGUUUACGCACAGCUGCUAAUAGACCGCUCAGAGCUGACGGACCGAAAAGUUACCGACGUUGUUUUUACUUGUUAUCCAGAAUAUUUAUUUCCAAAUUUCUGUGGCCUCGACCCCUUCAACCCACAGGUCCGCCGACCCGCCCCAGCAUGCUGGACUGACGUCUUGAGGAAUGGCAUCGGCUGUGUUUGAAGGCACAUCGCUGGUCAACAUGUUUGUCCGGGACUGCUGGGUCAACGGGAUCCGGAGGCUCAUCAUCAGCCAGCGCGGAGAGGAAGAGGAGUUUUUCGAGAUAAGGACAGAGUGGUCUGACAGGAACAUUUUAUACUUGCAUCGGAGUUAUUCCGAUCUGGGACGGCUGUUUAAAAGACUGGUUGAGUCCUUUCCUGAAGACAGAAGAGACCUCUCCAAGUCUCCUCUGAUUGAAGGGCUCGUAAAAAUCAAAGAGGCAAACGACAUCGAGGAGAAACUAAACGAGGUGGAAAGACUACUGAAGAAUGCUAUAAACAUGCCAUGCAAGUAUUCCCGGUCAGAGGUGAUGCUGACUUUCUUUGAGCGAUCGCCGCUGGACCAGGUGCUGAGGAAUGACAAAGUCCACAGAAUCCAGCCGUGCUUUCAGAGUCCAAUCAAGAUAUCAGAAAUCAUGCGCUCCAAUGGAUUCUGUCUGGCCAAUACGGAAACCAUCGUAUUUGAUCACAAUCUCCCAGAAGAAAAAGAGAGACCCUCAUCCACUGACUCUGUGGAACAUACGUAUGAGGAUGGAACAGAGUUUUUGCCAAUGGAAGCAGAUGUGUGUGAUGAGGAAACAGAAGCAUAUGUCACCAACCUUUCCUACUACCAUCUUGUCCCAUUUGAAACUGACAUCCUGGAAUGAGGAACCGAUGGCUGUUGAUGGACGUAUGUCGCUGUCAUUGAGGAGCAUGUACUCUUAAAUGGAACCUAGCUAUGCAACGCUGCACAUAGCUGUUCCAAGUAAAUGCUGCUUAUUCUAGAGACCCCUAGAGUUGCUUACAUUUCUUUAGCCGAUUUUGGAGUUGGGCAGAUCUACAGGAUGCACCAAAAUGUUGCAGAAGAAGAAUCCAACCGCAGCACCACUUUGUUUUUGCCACUUUAAGCGACGCCACCAGUGUGCCUCAUUCGGAGCCUUACUUGACUUGACUUUCAGGUAUUGUAACACAACCUGUGGCAGCAACGAUGGAGGUCUUUCAGUCAUUAGGCAGAUGCAAACAGCUGGAGAGGUUUUUAAACAUGCUGCUUUACCACUUCAAAAGACUUUAAAUAGCAUCAAAGACAUCAUUGUCUGUAGUUUGGAGUGUGACUGCAACCAGAGGGCUGCACAUCAACUGAACUUUGGAGGCAAAUUUACACUAUUGGACCAUUCACUGUUACUUAAAGUUAUUAAUUAACCGGCACUCUUUCAUUUUCUAUCUUAGUUGUUUUGUCUUUAUUCUCUAGAGGAUCUCCAUGAUGCCACUGGCCUGGUUGAUAUAUGUGAGAUAUGUGAGAUAUGUGAUGCAUCUGCAAAGUCUAUUGUCUUCUCAUUUAAACUGCUCCCUGAAGUGUUAUCCACAGUGUUACCACUCUGGUGUUUUUAUUCCUGUGGGAACGCAGGAAGCUGUCACAAAGCUUUGUGUAUGAUAUUUGUUUAUGGUGCAAUUUUCACCAGCAUUUAGGAGCAUUCUUGUUUGUAAAAUACCAGCUUGAAACUCAUAGGGAAAUUUCUAGUUGUGUUGCUGUGAUAUGCAGUUAGUUCUUUAGCAUGGGAGUACUCUGAGAGCCAAGUGAAACUAGACUGCAUGCGUUUGAUAAGAGACAUACAAAUGUGUGAGUUUUUGUCACCGCAAGAUAAAAGUAAUAAAAUUGAGAAGAUUUUGUCCAAAGUCUUACUGAUUUAGCAGAAAACAAAAACUUGAUGGUAAAUCGAGCAAGAAUAAUAAAGCUUUUAUGCUAAUAGACUCGAAACAUGUGGUAGCAUAAGCAUUAGAUACAUUUGUUAUGUGUAUACACAGUAUACUGUAUAUGUGUUUCACUUGGUUCUUGGACCAGUGUCGAAUUAAAGAAUAUAAAACAAAUAUGUGGCAUUAUCAUUCUGUCACAACUCUCUUUUUCCAAAGUGAGAACUUAAUGCUGCCAUUUUGAAUGUUGGUGAUAAGUGUCAGCUUACUGCUCCUGUUGCCAUGAGUGAUAAAAUGGGGCAAAGAAAGCUUUGUUUUUAUAGGUCAGUUGAGGUCAUAUCUGACCCGUUCUGUACGAUGACGUGUGUGGGUUCAGUCUGACAGCUGACUGCAGUCUUACUGAAUGUGGGAGUCUGCAGCUCAGGCCUGCAACGGGGGAACAAAUCCUCUCUUUAUCUAAAGAAUACAAAUGACCUUGCUGUACUAAAACUUUCUAUAGGACAAGUUGUGUGAAAUAGGCAAACACUUUUUUUUUUAUGGGUCCUCCCGCUAUAAGGAUGUUGCUUUCACUUCUCUUUGCGCCUUUUAUGAAACUGUGGAACUCAGUAGAGCAUCACAUAUGUUUUGAAUGCAA